GAGCUGAUUGGCUGUGCAGGAGGUAAACACGGAAGUCAGCGUGUGUCUGUUGUUCGGUGGUUGGGUCCGAACAUGGAGCUUUAAAACGGGUCACAUUCCUCCACCGGAGCCGCUGUUUGGGUCUGCAGGUCCGGGAGCUCCGAGACGGAUCAGCCCAGCCGGAUGUCGGUCAUCGUACACACUCGUGGUGAGGCCGGCGGUGGCGUCGCUGCCCACCUCCAGUGCCCCCACUGUGGACACUUCUCCAGGAGCCAUGCCCACCAGCUGACCCACAUGGCGGCAACCCACCCCGCCUGCCUGGACGGCGUGGUGGUCGGUCGCCUCGGCAACAUCCUGAUGUACCAGAGCAGCGCCCGGCUGUUCCACUGCUGCGACUGCUUCUACACCAGCCGCGACUUCACCAAGAUCUACAAGCACCUCGUCACCAAGCACUGUGUGGCCGGGGACGGAGGGGAUGGGGGGAAGGACGCCGCUGAGAGGAAGAGCAGCGUGGAGGUGGAAGAGGAGGAGGAUGAAGAGGAGGCGAAGGACGAGGUGAAGAAGAGCGUGCUAAUGUUCGACGGCGGUGGCUACCGCUGUCUGAUCUGCGGUUGGAGGAACAAGCUGAAGGCGCUGGGCGUCAACCACGUGGUCCGCAAACACGACAUCCCCAAAGCCUACGCCUCCCAGGCCGUCACACGGGACGCCGCCGCAGCCAAUCAGAUGCAGCCGCCGGAGGACGACGAGGUGGCCGGGCUGAGCGGCGAGAUGCUGAGGGAGGAGAUGGAGGCCAUGGCCAAAGUUAUAAGAUUCACCUCCAACCGCUUCGUCUGCCUGAUCUGUGGCUGGAAGACCAAACUCAGAGGUUUCGCCAUCAGUCACGUGGUGCGUUACCAUGACGUCGAGCGUCCCUACGGUUGCAAGGACUGCAGUCGCAGCUUCUUCUUGCCCAGCCGGCUGCAGCAGCACGUCAGGGCGUCCCACCGGCCCGGACGCUACGCCUGUCCCUUCUGCUGCUUCAGGUCCCACUUCCUGGGAGGAUUCAUGAGGCACUGCAGCCGCUGCAACGCCCGCGAGGAGGGGGAGGACGGAGGAGGAGGAGGAGGAGCAGGAGCAGGGGAGGAGGAGGAGCACGACCGGGACGAAGACACCAAGCAGACCAGAGGAGCCAGGAAACGAAAGAGGACAGAGAGGCUGGUGGAGGAGGACGACGAGGAUGACGACUGACGGGGGAUGUCCAGGAAGUAGACCACACCCAGGGAGUAGAUUACAUCUAGGAAGUAGACUAGACUCAGGAAAUAGACUACAUCCAGGACGUAGACUAAAUCUAGGGAGUAGACCACACCCAGGGAGUAGAUUACAUCUAGGAAGUAGACCACACCCAACUAAACUGAACUCUGUGUUUUUAUUGUCAGUGAUGAGACCAAAAGAUUCAAUUACAAAUAAACGUCUUUUUUAAAUAAUAAAAUGUUCUGGUGGA